CCUCCGCCGAUGCGGAGCCCCUUCGUGCACCGGCUGCACUUCAGCGCCCUCCAGAAAGCAAAGAUUGUCUUCAUGACCUUGACUCUGUUCCCCAUCCGGCUGUUUUUUGCUGCGUUUAUGAUGUUGCUGGCUUGGCCUUUUGCCUUCAUUGCCUCAAUAGGACCUGCUGAGAAACAGCUAGAAAAGCCUCUAUCGUGGUGGCGAAAAAUUAUUGAUAUCUUGCUGAAGGCAAUUAUGAGAACAAUGUGGCUUGCUGGUGGAUUUCAUUGGAUAAAUGUGAAGGGUAGACGGGCAUUGCCCACUGAAGCAGCAAUUCUGACCCUGGCUCCACAUUCAUCGUAUUUUGAUGCAAUACCAGUAACAAUGACUAUGGCUUCCAUUGUUAUGAAAGCUGAAAGCAAAGAUAUUCCUGUGUGGGGAACUUUAAUCAAAUAUAUUCGACCUGUGUUUGUAUCUCGAUCGGAUCCGGAUUCCCGCAGAAAAACUGUUGAGGAAAUAAGACGGCGUGCUCAGUCUAAUGGCAAAUGGCCACAGAUAAUGAUAUUCCCAGAAGGAACCUGCACUAAUCGAUCCUGCCUAAUUACAUUCAAACCUGGAGCGUUUAUCCCUGGAGUACCUGUGCAACCAGUGAUCUUACGUUAUCCAAACAAGCUGGAUACAAUUACAUGGACAUGGCAAGGUCCAGGAGCGUUGACGAUUCUGUGGCUUACCUUAUGUCAGUUUCAUAAUUUUGUGGAAAUUGAGUUCCUACCUGUGUACAUACCUUCGGAAGAGGAAAAGAAAAACCCAUCUUUAUAUGCGAACAAUGUGAGGCGUUUAAUGGCAGAGGCUUUAGGAAUUUCAGUAACAGACUAUACUUUUGAAGAUUGCCAGCUGGCUUUGGCUGAAGGACAACUCCAUCUCCCAUCAAAUACCUGUCUCUUAGAAUUUGCAAAACUUGUAAGAAAUCUUGGGUUAAAGCCAGAAAAACAUGAAAAAAAAUUUGAUGCAUACUCAGAAAGAGCUAGGAAAUUGAAAAACAAAAAAGUCACUCUCAAGGAAUUUGCAGAGUAUUUGGAAAUCCAAGUUUCAGAUAUGUUAGGAAACAUGUUUGCACUUUUUGAAGAGAAGGAAGAUGGCCUGAUUGACAUACGAGAAUAUGUAACAGCUUUGUCGGUAGUCUGUAGACCUUCUAAAACAUUGCAAACAAUGCAGUUGGCUUUUAAGAUGUAUCAAACAGAAACUGGUGGUAUAACAGAACAAGAUUUAACUUCCAUUCUGAAGAGCGUCAUGGGUGUUUCAGACCUUAAUGUGUCAAAUCUAUUUAAAGCUAUAGAUGAUAAAGAAAAAGGGGAAAUUGCAUAUGAUGAUUUCCAUUAUUUUACUGAAACGUUCCCAAACUUUGCUGAAGAGUACCUAUAUCCUGAUCAAGUGGAGUCUAAACAUUAUUUGGAAACUCCUGCUCCUAAUGGCUUCUGUGCAGAUUUCAGCCCAGAAAUUACUGAAAAUAGAAGAAAUUCCCUACAGAAAAAAAUGAAUUAA